GUGCUAAAAGAAGGAAGGUUUUGGGGGGUUUGUUUCUUUUUCCUAAAAUCCGCAGAGGGACGCCAUGGAAUCAGAGCUUUUGCUACCGGUGGAGCCACAAUCUCUGAAAAAACUAAGUUUUAAAUCAGUAAAACGCGCUCUUGAUCUCUUUUCACCUCUUCACUCUCAAUUACCCCCUUCUGAUCCUCUCAGCAAGAAGAUACGUAUUAGCCAUAAGAUAGAUGUUGAGUAUGGUGGAAUAAAAGCGUCUUCGAAUCAGCCUGCGAAGAACACGUCGCAGAGUCAAGUUGCGCCGUCUAGCUCAACUGCUCUUGUGCUAGCAGGUCCUGAAAAGAAGAGUGGUACUCAGAGUGAUUUGUCCAUUACUCCUGCUAUACCCAAGAGCAUAGGUGAUGGUAAUAUGAAUGCCAAAAGUACUGCUGUCAUUCCUGCUCACGGGACUUCAGACAGGAAUCUCUCAACUGCAGCCCUUAUGGAGAGAAUCCCUAGCAGGUGGCCGCGUCCUGUAUGGCAUGCUCCAUGGAAGAACUACAGAGUCAUUAGUGGGCAUUUGGGAUGGGUGAGAUCUAUUGCUUUCAGCCCAAACAAUGAGUGGUUCUGUACCGGUUCUGCAGAUCGAACUAUCAAGAUUUGGGAUACGGGAUCAGGACAGUUGAGGCUGACACUUACAGGACAUAUAGAACAAGUUCGAGGUCUUGCUGUUAGCACUAGACACACGUACAUGUUUUCCGCUGGUGAUGAUAAAUUAGUUAAAUGCUGGGACUUAGAACAGAACAAGGUUAUACGGUCAUAUCAUGGUCAUCUAAGUGGUGUGUAUUGCUUGGCGCUUCAUCCCACUAUCGAUGUUCUGCUAACCGGUGGCCGUGAUUCUGUUUGCCGGGUUUGGGAUAUUCGUAGCAAGAUGCAAAUACAUGCUUUAUCUGGCCAUGAUAAUACAGUAUGUUCUGUUUUUACUCGGCCUACGGAUCCUCAAGUUAUAACUGGCUCCCAUGAUUCUACCAUAAAGUUUUGGGACCUUAGAUAUGGUAAAGCAAUGGCAACUCUUACACAUCACAAGAAAUCCGUGCGUGCAUUGGCUCAACAUCCUACUGAGGAAAGUUUUGCUUCUGCAUCAGCUGAUAACACCAAAAAGUUCAGCCUUCCAAAAGGAGAAUUUUUGCACAACAUGCUUUCCCAACAGAAGACCAUAAUUAAUGCAAUGACCGUCAAUCAGGAUGGUGUACUGGCGACUGGAGGUGACAAUGGGAGUUUGUGGUUUUGGGACUGGAAAAGUGGCCAUAGUUUCCAACAAUCUCAAACUAUUGUUCAACCUGGUUCACUUGAUAGCGAGGCUGGAAUUUACGCACUAUCUUACGACAUAACAGGCACGAGGCUUGUUACAUGUGAAGCUGACAAAACCAUCAAAAUGUGGAAAGAAGAUGAAAAUGCCACCCCUGAAACACAUCCGAUCAAUUUCAAGCCCCCUAAAGACAUUCGUAGGUUUUAAAUGUGUUGCCUUAAGCCCUUAAUCGACUUGAAGCCGAACCAAAAUAGAAAUGCUUUAUUGGAAGCAAACAUGCAGUUUUUGUUAGUUGUACUGUACUAGUUUAGUGUUGAGCCGAGAUUAUAAUACGUGAAAAGUAUUGAUUUUAAA